AUGGAAGUGAUACGAGUCACUGUCGAUCAGAUGGUCGAUGAAAUUUUCUGUUCAAUUGUCCAUGUCGCUGCUGGAUACCGAUCCAAUGAUCUCCGUGAUUGGAUAGAAACGAACAACUCCAUGACACUGGCGGGGGGGCCAACGAACCCCGUCAUAGAAAGUGUCCCCGGCGUACUUCGUCAAGAAAAAGGAGGAGCUUAUACUCCCAGCGUCGUAUCUAUUGGGCCUGUUCACAGAGGUAAGUUAACUAGUCCGGAAGCAAUUGAGGAGAGUGUCAAAGAAUCCACAUACAUGUCUAGCCUAUUUCAACGAACAGGAAGUAAUGGUGGGCAAACAAUUACAAAAGAAGGAUGUGAGGAAACUCUGCGUCCGAUGGCUAACACUUUGAAAGCAUGCUAUCCAGCAGUCGGUCAGCCAGAGGAAGAUAUUGUUUCUAUAGUGACUAUUGAUUGUUGCUUCAUUAUUGAACUUCUAUACAGGCAUUACACAAUUCAGCAGCGAAGUGACCCAAUCUUGCGGGAUCAUUUGAAGUCCUAUGCUGUCCGGCGUGACUUAUUGUUACUCGAGAACCAGGUACCCUUCUCUGCCCUUGAAGAAUUGUUUAAUCUGACGGUGGAACGUUUUCAUCCCGUGGAACCUACCACAGCAGCAAAUAGAAGCCAACGUCGUCGACCCAACAUCUCCCUUACUCAAUGUGUCCUAUCCUUCUUUGGUGACAUGAUGGGCUUAAAAGAUGGUGACAUAUCAAAAAAGGGUGGCGGAUCUCCUAUUCAUAUACUUCAUCUCCUACACAUGUGCUACAAGCCUUGGCGAAUUGAGCAUGAAUUAGGAGGUGGUGGAGUAGUUAUUCCACGUGACCAAGGGCAUCCCUGCAGCUACAAACCCACAGCAGCACAACUCAAGACUGCAGGAGUCCACCUGAGGAAAAGUGAAAGAGGGAACCUUUUCGAUUUGGCAUUUAGGUCUCCUUUUGUUAUUAAUUGUAGAAGUGGUAAGCUUGAAAUCCCGCGUUUCUCCGUUUCUAAUAUCACCGAGUCAUUCCUGAGAAACCUCAUUGCUUUCGAGCAUUGUUGCCCUUGGGUUGGGAGUUAUUUCACGUCCCACGCUCUCCUGAUCGAUAUCCUCAUUGACUCCGUGGAGGACGUAAAAUUAUUCGAAGAAGCAAAAAUCAUACAAAACGAUUUAGGUUCAAGAGAUUCCGUAGUGCAAAUCUUCAACGGUAUUUGCAGGAAUGCAGAUCCACAUCAUUUUUAUUACAAUAAGCUAUUUAAUACGAUGGAAGAUUUCUGCACCCCACAGCGAGCCGAAAUGGAAAUAGUGAAACGGAACUGUGCUGGUAAUCUAUGGAUAAAGUUAUCAGUAUUCGCUGCCUCUAUGCUUUUUUUCCUCACCCUUUUGCAGACUGUGUACGCCAUGCUUUCUUAUCAUCAUCCUCGUAAAGCGUAG